AUGCUCUUCUCUACUUUCGGCCGCAUCGCGUGUGUAACCGUUCUCAAAGACCGUCACACGCGCCUACGCCGCGGUGUCGCGUUUGUCCAAUUCGUUUCUCGUAAUGACGCCCAACGCGCCGUAGCGGAGAUGAAUAAGAAGAUUCUCAAUGGAAGGACUCUAACUGCUUCUAUUGCUGCUGAUAAUGGACGUGCUCCGGAGUUUAUUCGGAAGUGCAUGUACAUUACUGAGACUGCUUUGUGUUAUGAGUGUGGGGGGCAUGGUCAUUUGUCGUAUGAGUGUCCGAAGAAUCAGUUGGGGCCGAGGCCGCGGCCUCAGCAUAAGAAGCCGCGACGGGGAUUUAGUGGGCUGAGGGAUAGGGAUGGGGAGGAGGAAGGUGAUGAGGAGGAGGAGGAGGGUGGUCAGAUUGCUGCGGAGCAGUUUGACGAUAAUUGGGCUUCUGUUGUGGAUGAUGAAGCGGGUGAAAGGUUGCUGGGGAGAAACAGAAAUGAUGAUGAGGGUUUGGACAACAACAAGACGAAGAAGAAAGGGAAGAAAGCUGGGUAUUUCAGGGAUGAGAGUGAUCAUGACGAUGAUGAUUGA